AUGCCAUCCCGCCGAGUACAACCGGACCUCUCCGUUCGCCUGCCGACAGGCCCCACGCAACCCGAACUUCCUCCUAUUUCCGCGCUGUUUCUCAUCGACUUUGACGUCAAAGCUGGAUACACAAUCGUAUGGAAACAAGCGGCUCCCGGAAUCGAGCUUGAGGGACUAGUUGAAUACAAGAGCUUGCCUUCGGGUCUACACACUGUUCCCGACGACUUGAUCUACUUCGUUCACGAGGGCGCCCAUGCCGGCCUCAGUGCAUUCAUCAACACGCCAUGCGACGAGGAGGAGGCGCGCCAUGCGCGCAUGAUUGCCGUGGGAGUCUUGGUGCCUCUGAGUUAUGGUCGGCUUGGCCGGGCGUGGAGACAUGCCGAGGGCCUGAAGGACAUUGCAGCAAAACUCGCCGAGAAUCGCAAGAAUACGGCAAUACUCGAUGAAUACUGGAAGAACAAUCGGGAUAAAGAGGACGCCGAUCAGGAACGCCCCCCAAUGGAGUCGCCUUCUGUCAGCUUCAGUGCCCAAGCUACCCAGCCGAAGAAGACGAGCCAUAACAGGAACCGCUCCGCGUCCGAUGGGGCUGCGCUUGUGCAUCCCGGCCAUCGGCUGUCCCCGUACCAUCCGGCCUGGAGUUUGACAGACUUGCUGGACACUUUUGGUCCCCUAAUCUUCCCCAUACAUCGGGCAGCUUUGCUUCGGAAGCGCAUCUUGAUAUCCUGUCACGCGCCAGUGCGUGAAAUCUGCAACUUUGUGUACAACAUUUCGGUUCUCUCAAACAUCCCCCAGACGGUCGCGGAGCUAUUAGCACCAUCAUCCUCGUCUCAACGUCUGAGGCCCCUCUUCACUAUCGGCGUGCAUGACAUCCCCUUCCUCGUCGAAGACUUUGAAGCUUCAAAACGAAAGAAGGCUGACAGCAAUGAUGCCGUGCCAGACGAGGCCGGGAGCGGUUGGAUUGCUUGCACUACUGACAGUAUUCUGGCCAUGAAGGAUACUCUCUGGGACAUGCUCAUCACCAUGCCUCCCCCGUACUCACCUAAUGCGAAGGACAAGGUCUGGCCGACGGUCGAGUGCCCUCGUGGUGUGCCCGUCAAGGCAACACAGCGAGAUCUGCGGCGAUUCCGUGCUCUGAAGAGUGGCCUUACCCGGCUCACGGCCACAACACCUAGACCAAGGACGGCUGAGAGCCCACGCUCUGAAAAUUCGACCAGCUUCAAGCUCACCACUGGUGGUUUUCCUGCGUCGAAUCUCGAGUCUGACGAAGCCCUGGACAAGAUUGUGGAGCCAUUGAGUUGGUCUGCGCUGGCAUACAAUGGCUUCAUGUGGUGGGCCAGUGCCGGAGAACAGGCGCGGAGCGAGGAACAGGAAGAGUCUGCCCGUGAUGCCGCCCUGCUGGCAGAUCUCGGUCUGAUGCCUCACACCCCGAGCAUGACGAUGCCCACCCCAAAACAGCGAACAGCAUCCGGUGGUAUGAGGGAUUCGAUCGGAUCCGUGGCAUCACGGCAGUCUGUCGGGCCGGAUGACGACGAGGCCCGAACCGAGCUCGCCGUCAUCGCAUAUUUCCACCGCCUCACAGCGCAGAUGCUUUCCGUUAUGGCGGACGUCGUAGAGAGCUCCGAUGACCGCUACGAAGACGACGACGAUGAUGAGCAAGAGGCCGAGGACACGCCUCUUCGAUCAGACAGCGAGGCGGGCCUGCGCUCGGUCCGCGUGGAAAGCCAUGCUAUCGAGAGCAUGGGUCUCGAUGUCUGGAAUGCACACGAUGCCGAGUUCGUCAAAGAGCUAAUGGCGAAGUACUUUGACCGCAAGCCUUACAUCGAGGGCAAGGGUGUUGAGGUGUGCGGAGUGCGCGUUUGCUAA